AUGUCCGACCUUUUUGAAUUAAAUCGGCCUCAGCUUCAAAAAAUAUUUGACGCUCAUCAGAAUGAAGGAACUUUAUCUUUUACUGAUAUCCUUAAAUUAUGCAGCUCAGCAAGGAUAUUUCCAGAUCUUUUGACAUCACAAAAUUUGAGAAAAUUAGCAGCACAUGCAUCAAAAACUCCAGGGUCUGAGCCGUCAUCGAAAUUGACGUUUCCACAGUUUGAGAAACUAUUGAAAAUAAUUGCCCAGCAAUGCUUUCAUACUUGUAAAGGGACGAGUGACCAAUAUAGACAGAUCUUAAAUCAUAUGAAAAAUUCCUGCUUCAUUCGGUAUAAGGAUAUAUGCAUAAAAUGGCAGGAGAAGACCUGUCCUAUCAGUGGAGGGUGCUUAUGUAUAUCCCAACUUGAAUUUUUGGUGCAGAGCUGUCCAAGGGUUUGAGGAGAGAGGCCCAGAACUAUUUCCUCUGAUUUUUGGUCUGAAUCAAGUGGCAGUUUUUUGCAUCUUUUUUAUUAGAAGUACCCAGCACAAGUUGGUUGCAGAUAGAGGCAGUGCGACUUAACUGCCUAGGCUGCGGCUCCUUGGUGGCUCUACCCUGAAUUGCAAAAGCUGUUGAGUUUUUUCUUUAGGAUAACCAGGGAAAAGAGCUCUCAGGGUGCAAAGUCUCCCCAGCAAAGGGUUCCAAAGGUGAUCUGGCCUAAACUAAGCAGGCUUGGGACAUGCUGGUCUUUAAGUUGAAAAUGGAGUCCCGGCAAAUUAGUAUGAUUCUGACCAUGGAAGGAAAAUGCCUCUACCAAGAAGCCUGGAGUUUCAGCCUGGGGUCAAGUUGCCUUAAGGGCGCCUACGACCAACGCUGAGGAGUGCACGGUGGUCAGGAAGUGGGACUAUAAAUGCAUAUUAAUCUAAUCUAAUUCGGUAUAAAGUGGAGCUCGAUGUAAAUUCUCCAGAGAAAAAGACUUCAAAGUCAGUCAAUGAAAGGAAAACUCCACAGUUAAAUAUCGAUGCAUUUUCAAAAGAAGGCGGUGUAAGAACUAACCAUGGAAUCCUUUUUAAGCCUUCUUCAACAAGAAGCUCUACAGCAGCUUCCUUUAUAUUUGGAGAGUCUCCAUCAUCCAAAAAGCUUAUAAGCAAAAAAAUAGAAAAAUUGUAUUCCAUUGUGUCUCCAAGAAUGAAAGAUAUCCCUCAGCUAAAAUUAAGUGAAAAUUAUAUACCUAUUUAUAAGUAUCUAAAUAUAUAAGCCGAUUAGUUAUUACUCUAUUUAAUUUUAGCUUAUAAUUAUUAUGCAUAGGCAUAGCUUUACAAGCACUAUGCCAAAACCCUCAUCAAGGCCUCCUUUGACAGACCGUAUGAAGACAAAUGUCCAGAGCAAUUCAAGCUCUAUUAAUACCUCUAUCUGUCCUAGUCCAAGCUAUAUCAAACAAAUUAAAGUCACACUUGAAAAGUUUAAAAGUGACAGCAAAAAUGUAUUUAAUUCUAUAAGACCGAGAAAACCAACGAGAAAAAAUAUUCAAGAAUUAAUGAAUGUAUGCGAAAAAAGGAGAGAAAAAUGAAUAAAACUAAAACUGAGUUUCCAAAUUUGGAGGAAUUUUGCCGAUCUCAAUUAA